CCCGUAUCCAGCGAUCUCUAUAUACCGGAGCAACUAAUUCGCAGCGGAGAGUAAAAAGACGGACGUUUGCUUUUUAGUCACUCUCUUUCUCUCUUUCUUCACGCGUCUGGAGUGUGUGUGCAUGUGUGUGCGUCUCUUUGCAUGCGUGUGUGCGAGUGUGUUUGAGCUGAAGAAAUUAGAGCCGCGUCUUUAUUUACCACACCUGUGAUGCGCUGCUGUCUCUGAGCAACCAAGACGCGCUGAUGGCAAAGGUACAGCGGAGGAUUUGUGUUGAGGAGGACUUAUAAAUGCGCUCAUCGCUCUGAUAUUACCAAAUCUGAGCUUGGACAAGACCGCAGAUACUCAUUUUACAGACUUAAACUUGAACCAGAAGGUGAUAAAGAUGCCGUUACACCUGAGUCCCUUUGUCCGCUGGAGAUCCGGGGUUGUACUCACAUGGAUCUGCUUCUUCUUUUCUUCGGGAUUUACCUUCGCUGGUGGAGAACAUGCGGCCACCGUCACACAUCCACUUCCUGUGGCCUUCUCGGACCAGCUGCCUCACUUCUUGAUUGAGCCGGAUGAUGUUUAUAUAGUGAAGAAUAAGCCGGUGACCCUGACCUGCCGCUCCACACCCGCCACACAGAUCUACUUCAAGUGCAACGGAGAGUGGGUUCAUCAGGACCAGCACCUGAUCGACAGAGAUGUGGAUCCUGCUACAGGGCUGCCAGUGAUGCAGGUAAAGAUCGACAUCUCCAGACAGCAGGUGGAGAAGAUCUUCGGUCUGGAGGAUUACUGGUGUCAGUGUGUGGCCUGGAGCACUACAGGAACCCAGAAGAGCCAAAAGGCUUUCGUGCGCAUCGCCUAUCUGAGGAAGAACUUUGAGGAGGAGCCUCUGGGUAAGGAAGUGGCUCUGGAUCAGGAGCUCCUCCUGCGCUGUCAUCCUCCUGAAGGUGUUCCUCCAGCAGAGGUGGAGUGGCAGAGGAACGAGGAGCUGAUCGACCCCAAGACUGACCCCAAUUUCUUCAUCACCACAGACCAUAAUCUGAUCAUCAAACAGACUCGUCUGGCCGACACCGGCAACUACACCUGCGUGGCCAAGAACAUUGUGGCCCGACGCAAAAGCUCCUCGGCCACUGUCAUUGUCUACGUGGAUGGAGGCUGGAGUGAGUGGAGUAAAUGGUCUCCGUGUGGAGCCGACUGCAGCAUGUGGAGGAGCAGGGAAUGCACACAACCAACACCCGGCACCGGUGGGAAAGACUGCCAGGGCCUGGAUCUGCAGUCACUGAACUGUACCAGCGAACAGUGCCCGCAGACGGCGUCGGGUGCGGAGGACGUGGCUCUGUAUGUGGGAAUGGUGACGGUGGCUCUGUGUCUGGCUCUGCUGCUGGUGGUUCUGGUUCUGGUCUACCGCAGAAAGAAGGAGGGUUUGGAUGCAGACGUGGCCGACUCCUCCAUCCUCACCACCGGCUUCCAGCCCAUGGGCAUCAAGCCCUCCAAGCCAGAAAACUCUCACCUUCUGACCAUCCAGCCGGAUUUGACCACCAGCACCAGCAGUUAUCAGGGCUCACUGCGCUCUCGGCACGAGGUUUCUAGUAAAUUCUCCAUGAGUAACGGGCCGCUGCUGGAUCCGCUGCCGAACGGAUCACACACACUGCACAACGGCAAACUCAGCAGCGACGCAGACGACUUCAUGAGCAGACUUUCCUCGCAGACGUACUUGAAGACGCUGCCCAGAGAAAACGGCAACACCUCGUACGGCACUUUCAACUUCUUGGGCGGACGACUGACGCUGCCCAACACCGGAAUCAGCCUGCUCAUCCCGCCAGAGGCCAUUCCCAGAGGCAAGAUUUACGAGAUUUACCUCACCAUUCAGAAGAAGGAAGACAUGAGGCUGCCGCUGGCGGGCUGUCAGACGCUGCUGAGCCCCGUGGUGAGCUGCGGACCGCCCGGCGUCAUGCUCACCCGGCCCGUCAUACUCUGCAUGGACCACUGCUCAGACGCCUGCCUGGAGAACUGGGCCAUCCGGCUUAAGAAGCAGUCCUACGAGGGCACCUGGGAGGAUGUUCUUCUGCUGGGUGAAGACUUGCUGUCGGAGCCGUAUUACUGCCAGCUGGAGGCGGAGACGUGUCGGGUGUUCACCGAGCAGCUGGGUCGUUUUGCUCUGGUCGGGGAGUCGCUCAGUAUGGCUGCUGCUAAACGGCUGAAACUGCUGCUGUUCGCUCCGGCCUACUGCUCCACGCUGGAGUACAACAUCCGCGUCUACUGCACUGACGACACGCAGGACCUGCUCAAGGAGGUGAUGCAGAUGGAGAGACAGCUGGGGGGUCGACUGAUCGACGAGCCGCACGUGCUGCUGUUCAAAGACAGCUAUCAUAACCUGCGUCUGUCCAUCCACGACAUGCCACACACACACUGGAGGAGUAAACUACUGGCCGGAUAUCAGGAGAUCCCGUUCUACCACAUCUGGAGUGGUUCUCAGAGGACUCUUCACUGCAGCUUCACCCUGGAGAGGCAGAGUCUGAGCACCAGCGAUCUGUCCUGCACUCUGUGUGUGUGGCAGGUGGAGGGAGAAGGACAGAGCUUCAGCCUCGACUUCAACAUCGCCAAGGACAUCAGACCUCUGGACUCAGACUUCCUGCUGCUGGAGAACUGCAGCCCUGCACUGGCCGGCCCGAGCGCUUUCCAGAUCCCCUACCUGAUCCGGCAGAAGAUCUGCAGCAGUCUUGACGCCCCCUGCCCAAACGGAGCCGACUGGAGACUACUGGCCCAGAGACUGAAGCUGGACAGUUAA